CUUACCCCAUUUUUGCGCCAAAAAUAAGUUGCAAUUGUUUAUUUACAAAAUCGCACGCUGAAAAAGGAAAAGACACCGAAUGGACGUGGAAUUAAAGCAGCAGUUCGACGAGAUGGGCGUGGAGCCGGCGGACUCUGUGCUGGACAGAUGCGUGGAGCUGGCCAUUUCGUACGGCGUCCACGAUGCCACCGAAUUCGUGGAGCAGUGGAUGGCCUUCAGUUUGUCGCAUCUGCAAGGCGAGGAUCCUGGACUCGAGAAUCUGGGUGAUUUUGAGCGGAAGGUUCUCCAGCUGCGCAAGGAGAAGAUGGUCUCCAAGGCCUCUGCUUCGAAACCCAAAUCCUAUGCCUCCUCCUCCGCCGCUCAAGACACGAGCUCCUUGGCGAGCUAUGGUUUAAUGGAGGACGAUCCCAUGCUGGACGACUAUGUCAGCGAAUCGGUGGUAGAUUCCUCUGCCCUUCACACUCCCAAGGCCAAGAGGGAUCUCAAAAGCGGCCUGCUCUUCACACCGCAAUCCGCCAAGAGAAAUCCUGCAGUGGGAACUCCCACUUCCUCCUCGGUUUCCGGCAAACCAGGCGACAUUGUGGACUCCUUUGGGCAUCCCAAACUCCUGGCCGCCUCCAGCUGGCAGUCGCAAAUGGAGCACACGUUGCCUGUCAUCCAGAAAUUGCUGCACAAGAAUGCCCCGCUGACUUUGGCCAAUCUGGGCUACAUGAACGACCUGCUGGGCGAGCGAUGUGACGAUCUGCACGACCGCGUCGAGGAAAUUGGACGCGGGCUGAUAGAAAAGAAGCUGGGAGAGGCGGCGGCAGCCGAGUGCAGUUGGUAUCCGCAGGAUAAGCAGGCUCUCCAGGCAGCUGGUGGACUCCACGCCGUGGGAAUGAUUCACUCCGAGGACGAUGGACCACUGGACGCCCAUUCCGCUUUGCUAGUAGUCAUCGAUGAGGAUACAGAUGAGGCUAAGGACACUAACCUUUCGCUGAACUUCUCCCGCAUCAAGUCGGCCAGCAUUUUUCCAGGGCAAGUGGUCCUCGCCAAGGGUUUCAUACCCAAGGGCAGGACUUUCGUGGUGGAGGAGAUGCACACGGAGCGAAAACUGAUCCCAGUUACUCCCCUAAAAGUCGACCGAGAGCUGCAGUUUGUGGUGGCCGCCGGUCCCUUUACAGACAGCACGGAUUUGUUCUACGAACCGCUGCAUGAGCUCCUGAAAUACAUCAAGGAGCACCGACCCGAUGUCCUGGUGCUCACGGGUCCUUUUCUCGAUGCGGAUAACAAGAUGGUCGGUGAAUUAACAGAAACUUUUGAUUCCUUUUUCGAGAAGAUGAUCGCUGGCAUAAUGGAGGCAGUCGGAAGCCACACUGCUGUUCUGUUGGUCAGCAGUCAGAAGGACGCCAUGUCGCACUCCGUUUAUCCCACACCGCCGCCCACUCUCCGCCGGACUUAUCCCAAUCUACACAUGCUGCCCGAUCCUUCGAUGGUCGAUCUGGAUGGCCUCACGCUGGGCGUCACCUCCACCGAUGUGGUGGAUCACCUGCUUAGCCACGAGUUUGCCGCCGGCGCUGGCGAGCGAAUGCACCGGGCCAUCAACCACCUGUUCCAUCAGGGCUCCUUUUAUCCCCUGUAUCCGCCGGCGGACGAGGACAUGGCCUACGAUUCACAACUGGCUUUGAAGUAUGCGCAGCUCAAGCAGCUGCCAAAUGUACUCAUCCUGCCCGGCGAUCAGCGGCACUUCAUUCGGCUGGUCAACGAUUGUUUGGUCAUCAAUCCUGGUAGAUUGUGGGACAAGAAAGGCGGCACCUUCGCACGCUUCCUGGUGGCGCCCACAGCGCCCGGCAAGGCGGCCAAUAUGUUCAACAGUGUGGCGUGCCAAGUCCAACGUAUCUGAAGUAUACAUACCAAAAUGGAGUACAAACUCUACCUGAUAAAUCAAUGGAUCCAAUUGUAAUGAUAAUAACUAAGAUAUGGGGAAAUAUCUUGGGGCUUUCAGUGUGUUUUCAUUAUCAUUGAAAAGGGUAAUAAAAUAAGUUAUAUUUUAUUUCUACAAAUAAUA